AUGAUCAGGAAAAGAGUCAGCAGUUCCAACCAUAAUCAACGGUCGAAUUUAUGGCAAAGAUGUACAAGUUUCAGAACACUAAAACAAAUCCAAGGUUUGAUGAUAAUCAAGGGUUUCAAUUCAAACCCAUAUUCCCUUAGAGAGUUAAUAUAUACAUGUUCUGUUGGUUUAUCAGGAACUAUGGAUUAUGCUCACAAACUGUUUGGUCAAAUUACCGAACCAGAUCUUUUCAUAUGGAAUACUAUGAUAAGAGGUUCAGCUCAGAGUUCUAAACCUAUCAAAUCCACAUGUCUUUAUAAACAGAUGAUUGAAAAAGACAUUCAACCAGAUAAUUAUACUUACCCUUUUGUUCUCAAAGCUUGCACAAAACUUUCUUGGAUUCAGAUGGGCAAUCAAAUCCAUGGGAAAGUUGUAAAAAUUUGUUUGGAAUCCGAUACUUUUGUUAGAAAUACUUUGAUUCAUCUUAAUGCAAAAUGUGGGGAUUUGAAGGUGGCAAGGGUUCUUUUUGAGGAAUGGGGGAAUAGGGAUGUUGUUGCUUAUUCGGCUUUAACAGCUGGAUAUGCCAGAAGAGGAGAAUUGGGAAUUGCUAGGAAGUUAUUUGAUGAAAUGCCUACAAGAGAUAUGGUUUCUUGGAAUGUUAUGAUUACGGGCUAUGUUAAGUGUGGGAAUAUGGAGAGUGCGAGGAAACUCUUUGAUGAAGUCCCCCAACGAGAUGUGGUUACUUGGAAUGCGAUGGUUGCAGGCUAUGUUCUUGCUAAGUCUUAUGAAAAAGCUUUUGAGAUGUUUGAGGAGAUGAGAAUUGCAGGAGAACAGCCGGAUGAAGUGACAAUGCUGAGUUUGUUAUCUGCUUGUACAGAUUCUGGAAGUCUGGAUAUUGGGGAGAGGAUUCAUCGCUCUAUGAUGGAGAUGGGUUCGAGAAAUUUGAGUGUUCUUUUAGGGAAUGCGCUUGUUGAUAUGUAUGCUAAGUGUGGGUACAUUGGGAAAGCCAUUGAAGUGUUUAGGGGGAUGAGGGAAAAAGAUUCGUCGACUUGGAAUUCGAUUAUUGGGGGAUUAGCUAUACAUGGUUUUGCUAAGGAGUCGAUCGAUCUGUUUGAAGAGAUGCAACGAGAAAAAACUCAGCCAGAUGAGAUCACAUUUAUCGGAGUACUAGUUGCUUUUAGUCAUGGUGGGAUGACCGAAAAGGGCCGUAAGUAUUUUGAGCUUAUGAGAAUUCAAUAUGGAAUAGAGCCUAACUUGAGGCACUAUGGUUGUAUGGUAGACAUGUUAGGACGAGCAGGGCUACUUGAAGAAGCAUUUGAAUUUGCAGAGUUGAUGGAAGUUGUACCAAACCCUAUAAUUUGGAGGACUUUGCUUGCUGCUUGUAGGAUACAUGGUAAUGCUGAGCUGGGAAAACGUGCAAACGAGCGACUUCUGGCAUUGAGACAUGAUCAAAGUGGGGAUUAUGUGUUGUUGUCAAAUAUAUAUGCGUCAGAAGGUCAAUGGGAAGGUGCACAGAAUGUAAGGAAGUUGAUGGAAGAUAGAGGAGUGAAGAAAGAAACUGGUUGUACCCUAAUUGAGACUGAUAACAAGGAACUAAUGCAUUUCUUAUUUGAUUCAAAAUCCACGACGACUUCAAGAAGCCAUAAUCUUUGAUUAUACUUCCAAGGGUUAUAGGGAUACUGCACACAAGUGCAUACCAUCCAGUUCUCUGAAAUCCGGUUGCACUUAUGGAGACUGGAUGCAACAGUUUUCUGAAAUCCCAUUGCGCUUAUGGAGACUGGAUGGAACAAAAAUGUCGAUAUCCAGGUAAUUUGGUCUGUUGGGUUAAAACAUUUGAUGAUUUUUAUAUAAAACCGAGAAAUCUGAGU